UUCGUAUCUCUUCGCUUGUGCAGUCCGGCAACGAUGUCCGACGCCCCCAAACCCUCCCGUGCCGCCUUGCGAUCUUACUACUGCCUCUGCGGUGACUUCGUUCUCGUGCUGCAAGGCAAGCUCGACCGUCUUCCUCAGCGAAAAACCGACGGCGCGUACAUUAUACGUACAAAGCCUUCCCCGACAGCCGCCGCGCGCAAGUUCAAGCUUGCGGCGGUCCCGCUCGAGCGCUUCCUUCUCGAGCGAGCGGGGGGCACGGAGGUGCGGCAAGACUUUGGGUGUGCGCGGUGCCGGACACCAGUCGCGUAUCAGACUACGCCGCCGCCCGCGGGAUCCGCGCCCUUCUUGUACGUCCUCAAGGGCGCGGUGACGGAGACGCAAGGGCAGAUUCCGCCAGACGCGUUCGAGGGGGAGCGCGUCCCUACGUCCAAGCUCGCGUAA